AUGCGCACUUCUCUCCGCAGAUCAUGUGACGCUUGUGCAAAAGCGAAACACAGUUGCGAUCUUCGUACACCGCAAUGCUCACGAUGCAUCAAGAGGCAAUCAAAAUGUGUCUAUGCUAAUCAGCCUCUAGGCUGUGACAGUGCUGGCCAGCUUGCUCAUAGAAACCGUCAAGAAGACGUAUUGAUUCAACGACAGUUGCCGGAAAGCACGGCAGGCUUCUUGAGCAUUUUUGACCCGGCGACGGUGUCUUUUGAUCCAUUCGAUUCUUACCCGCCCACAAGACUCCCUCGCAUGCAGAUCCAACGUCUCAUACACCAUUUCCUAGCCCAUAUCUCGUAUCAAUACUACCCUCUUGACCUUCAGAUGAACUCGAACCCGUUUGUCGUUUCAUGGUGGCCCCAAGCUCUUGCUGACGCGGCACUAUUCCAUGUCUCCCUGCAAACAGCUUCCCUUGAUGUGGAAUUGCGUGCUGGUAAGGGAUUUCCAAUGUCAGAGCUGCUCAUGGUGGAUUCUGUGGCUUUGGUGAGAAGAAACGUCGAGAGUUCGUCCUCAACUGUUCAGGUCGAAACCAUGAAUUCUGUGGUUACUCUCGCUGCGAUCGAAUAUGGUAAAGGAAAUGUUGCAGUAAGCCGAAUGCAUAUCGACGGGGUAAAGCAGAUGGUUGCCACAAGAGGCGGCAUUCACGAAGUGAAACGCAUCAGCCCAUUGACAGCAAGAAUGGUGGCUUGGGUUUCUAUGAUAGUCACCGGUUCGCCCCAGUUUGAGACACAGGAUGAUUUUGGCCGUGGCAGCGGAGUUGGUCCAAUACUGCAGUGGGAGGCCGCUUCAACGAGUCUGGGUGUGCAGGAACAGGCUUUGCAUGAUCUAGACAUCGACCCCGCCAUGAACAUGAUCUUGUCUCGACUGCAUACCGUUUUCCACCGGGAGUCGCCUACAAAUUUGACGAACACGGAGCUGCACGAUCUUACAUGCUUCAUUAUGCACAGACUUUUGUCAUUGCCACCUUUCUUCCCAGCAAGAUCGAACAGAUCAACAAUGUCGGAAAGCGUUCGAUACUCACUAGCACUCUACAUGUUGACCAUACAUGGCCCAACAUAUUAUUCGCACGCUGACUUGGCAGACAACAUGCUGCUCCGACUCAAGAGUCACAUUGAAACCAUGUCACACCCAGAUGACAUUCCCGGAUCGCUGAGGAUCUGGAUGCUUAGUGUUGGUCUGGCCGCUUCCACUGGCACGCAGUACCACCGUUGGUUUACAGCGCAAAUAUGCAUUGCCACCGAAGCUCUCGCUCUAGGCACAUGGUACGAUGUCCUGAGAUGCCUCAAAAGUAUCUUGUGGAUCAGGUCUCCACAAGAGGAAAUCUUUCGGCAGAAAUGGGAGGAGAUUCUGGUCGUCAUGGCAGCAUAG